GGUUAUCCAGGGACUGAGAAGAUGAGUCGUUUCCACUCCGUCCAGCGCUGCGUGCAUCUUCGGAGGCCGGGCGCGAUCCCCCUCCAGGGAAGCAGAGCAUGAAUUUCAAUAACCCUCCUCCCGAAGGGGCCCGACGGUUCACGCACAAAGCGCUAAAACCGCCUCGAUAAACGAUCCUGCGGUAGCGUCUGGUGGCGAUCCAGGUUCGUUUUGCUUCGUCACCAUAGAGUAGACGAGUGUUUGUACGCAUGCGCCGUGCCAUGGGCCAGGUGAUCGAUCGAGCGACCGAGUCAGUAUGCGUGUGGUCGGUGAGAGAAGUGCUGGUCCGCGGCUCCAAUCCCGAAGAGAGUUGUGCGACCUCGCGUGCUCCUUCUUCUCGUGCUCACCUGGAUCAAAGCGCCCCGCCCCCCCUCCACCUUCAACACACGUAUCCACCCACCAACAACAGAAUGGGGCUGGCGGCCAAACUGGGCAUUAGAAGUCGAAGGUCAAGGUUACGGCAGCUUCUCUUCGCCGUGUUCACCUACAUGGCACUCGUCACCCUCAUUUCCAGAGGUCACACGCAACUCCAGGGACCGAAGUCAGAUGAAUCCCCUUCCGAGGAGAAGGUCUCUCGGGAGACGGUCGUGUCCCGCCGCCUUCUGGCUUCGAGCUCCUCAGACUUCCCGAGAGACAACUGCACCCCUCCGGCCAUCGAGCAGUUUCCCCACCCCCUCAUGGGUCCCGAGACCCGCAAGAGCGGGGGACUCAUCGUCCACAUCAUCGUCACCACGUACAUGUUCCUCGCGAUCGCCAUCGUCUGCGACGAGUACUUCGUGCCGUCUCUCGAGAUGAUUUGCGACUAUUUAAACCUUCGAGAGGACGUGGCGGGAGCGACAUUCAUGGCUGCCGGUUCAUCUGCUCCGGAACUGGCCACUUCCGUCAUAGCCGUCUUUGUGGCUAAGGACGACAUAGGCAUAAGCGGGGUGAUAGGCUCAGCCGUCUUCAACAUCAUGUUCGUGAUCUCCGUCUGCGCGCUCUUCGCUGGUCAGGUUAUCAGCCUCAACUGGUGGCCGCUGAUCCGCGACUCCGCUUACUAUUGCAUUUCCAUAUGUGCGCUUCUCAUAACAAUAUCUAACGAGGAGGUGGCAUGGUACGAAUCCCUCUUCCUGCUCCUGCUGUAUGUCCUUUACAUCGUCAUGAUGUACUACAACAACCGGCUGGAGGCCUGGGCCAACACGCUGAACAUACCCUUCAAGAACGCCACCAGGGAAGAGAAGUCCUCUUUGUUCGGGACGAAGCCAGUCCCACCCGUAGGAGACGGAGUCAAGGGCGAGGGCAGUCUACCGGAUUCCGAGAACCCGACUAUGGACGGCCAAGAUGACAUGCCACUACUCAGAAGUUACGGAAGUAUUGGUGGAGAUGGCAUCGCUAAGCAACCAGAGCCAGUGGAGGUCGAGGCUGCCACAACGAAGUCGAUGGUACCUGAAAUGAAGGACGAAAACGAAUCUCCCUGGACGAUGCCCAUCGGGGUAUGCGAGCGGAUAAAGUGGGUUAUAACGCUCCCCCUUGUGGCAUUCCACCACUUCACGACUCCCGACUGUCGCACGGAACGGUUCCGACGGUGGUUCCUGCUGACCUUCAUCCUCAGUAUGAUAUGGAUCGCCCUCUACUCCUACAUCAUGGUCUGGAUGAUCACUAUAAUAGGUUUCACGCUCGGGAUCCCAGACACAGUCAUGGGUCUCACACUAAUCGCUGUUGGAGUGUCUGUUCCUGAUGCCCUAUCAUCUUUAUGCGUUGCUAAGCAAGGUUUUGGAGACAUGGCUGUCAGCAACGCCAUCGGGAGCAACGUCUUCGACAUCUUGUUGUGUUUAGGGCUCCCGUGGUUCCUGAAGACAGCUGUAGUUUACCCGGGCACCACCGUGCCUGUGGAGAGCAGAGGCCUUACCUAUUCCACAGUGUCUCUGUUUGCCACCGUCGUGUUUCUGAUAGGCUCGACGCACCUGAACGGAUGGAAGCUGGACAAGAAACUAGGCGUUGUGCUAAUGGUUUGGUACUUAAUCUUUAUGCUCUUUGCUAGUCUCUACGAACUCAAUGUCUUUGGUUACUUCAACCCUCCUGAAUGUCCAAGCAACUACUAGAUGGCGUUGCUGUAGAUGCUGCUGCCGCCGUGAGCCAAGUACGAGACGGGUGUGAGUGGGAGAGAGUGGGAUUGUUGUAUUUCACAGGCAGAGGAGAUAGGUGUCUCUUUAGAGAGGAUAAUCAAAAUAUCUCUGGGCUGCUUCAUUUAGUUGAUCUCACGGGCAUGGGUGGGGCAGCCUUUGUUGCAUAAUACGGCCCUGUAGCGAGUGAUGAGCUUUGACUGCUGGCCAAUAAAUAUUUUUGACGAGUCAAACCCUUAUUUCCUAACAGGAUUCGAAUUCAGAACGUGACGUAGAUAUUGCAGCGACGUAGUUUGUUAUGACUCAUUAUAAUAACAAGAGCAUCUGCAGGAUAACAUUGAUCAAAAGAUAUCAUUUCUUUGCUAGAGGUUAUUAUAGUCUUAGAACCUGCAAAGACGCGUUCUGUUUGAAAGGUCUGUGUCUUCACGGAGAAAAGUCAGCGGCCCCUCGCAGUGAUGCUUGGAGGUCACGAGACCAAACUGCUUCUAAGCCAUAGGCUCACUCGGGAGAAGAUCAAAUGCUUCGAGUUUGCGCUGCGCAGCAUAAACAAAAUCCUGUCGCGAAACAGACGUAGCCUGCCAAAUGAAACGUGUCUUCAGUGCAAGAUUCUAAAAAAAUAAAAAUAAAAAAAAAGGAGUUGCAGGGGAUUGUUAUGUUUGCCUUUACACAUUGACAUUGACUUUACUUUUGAUAUACAGUGUAAGCAAUAGAUUUUUCUAACGUUAGUACGUAUGCCUCAAGCGUAGGAGAUUUGUAUAUCAUAUAUGUUACACGCGCAUGAGUCCACACGCACGUGUAGGUAUAUCAUAUAUGCAUAAUUAUAUUCUAUAAAAAGGCUCUUUGCGCGCAUGGAAUUUGGAAAGAUGGAGCGUCUGUUACUUCACCUAGCGUCUUUACGGGAGAGUUUUAACGCACGGGAUUGAUUCCGUGGUUACGAGAUACCUGAAACAGCGGUUGUUCUGGCCAGACUGCGUUCCCAAAUGGAUGAUCGAUAUACGAAGAAAACGGCGUUACCUCGUCUGAGAUUUUAACCCUUUGAAAGUUCACCCGUUAUAGAUAUAAUAAGUGCCAACCGAAACCGCACCUGAGUCGAUGUUCAGAAGUACCUGAGGUUAAAAUGAAUCCCUGUUUUUUCGCUAGCGUCGAUUUUUCCCAAGUGAUGUCAAGAGCAUCCGGUUUGGUUGUCGUAUAGUUCGUACCAGACAGAAAUCUAAAGUCGGGAAAAAAAAGGUACGAGGAUGAUGAUGAUGUCUUUAAAUGCUGUAGAGAUGAUAUAAACUUAAGAGUGGACGUUUCGAAGUUUAUAAGUUUAGGAAGAAGUCAUGAUUCUACACGGAUGAGAAACGAUGUUACGAUAUUCCUCUGAGAACUGUAUGGUGCUUAAAGAGCAGUAAACCCCACAUUCCACACUCCCCUUCCCCCCUUUUAGAAGACAAAACAAAGAAUUUCCUCCGUCUUCCUUAAAGUAAGUUUUAGGAAUCAAAGGCUUUAAAAACAAUUCCGUGAGAUACUUUGUAAGUGCGUCACUGACCAUGUAUACUAUUUUUUUUUUUUUUUCGGAUUGAGGCGAUUUCUUCUGAAACACCAGCACUGAUCUGCCUAAGGAAAGUAUGUGACGAUGAACAAACUGAGAAAACUUGUCAACAAUACUGAAAAAAAAAAUUUAAACUAACUUUUGAUGAUCUUGGUUUGGGGAUAAACGCAACAUCAUUGAUCAAUUGUUCUGUCACGAUCAAUGCAUAAUGGAUCGUUGAUGACUAUUUUUGUAACGCAACGCCAAAAGCAAAUUUGCACAAUAAGGUUUUUUUUAUAGAAAUGUUGAUCAAGAACAUUUUUUUUUAAAAGGUCACUAGGGACUCCUUGUUGAACUCACUCGCCUUCAACCUUUCAUCAUUGUUAUGUGUAUACAAUGUAUACAUAAUGUAGUGAGAGAUGAUUAAAAAAAAAGAAUGUCUCCCAUUACCUUUUCCAUUGACUUUUGAGAGUAUGUCGGUGAAUUUACUCUGAUAAUAUAACUAAGUGAUGAUCCCUAAGUCUUGAGGCCACACUUCUGGGUGAGUGUCUGUCUGGAAGCGAAUAUUUAAAAGUGUAUAAUGAGAAACAUGUGCCAUAUUUUCCAGUGCCACCUCUAAAAACUAUAAAAAAAAAAAUUGUAAAAAAAAUAAUGAUGUUUCUUAUUCUCUGUAUUGGUGUUGUUCCCCAUUAGGUAGAGGCUAUACUUUCUGUACACUUACGAUAACCUCGGUCUUUUCAGUGCAUUAGCGAUUUGGAUGUUAUUGUGAACAUAUUGUGAACAUUGUGCAUGUCCCUUGAGCCCUCCGAAGUACGUACUCCAGUCCGCCAUGACUUACAAAAACGCGCUAUCGCAGACCAGGUUCUUUGAAACUCUCUAGGACAAAGCUGUGUCAAUUAUAGUAGGGUCAGACACGACGACGUCAUCACGAUGAAAUGUCUCGAGAUUUCGUAUGAUCGUCAUUAGCUUGUACUUCAUGGCGUGCUAUGUUUGUUAAUCUUCUACGAGAUUCUAAAUCAUGUUACGUAUCUUAUAAGGUGACGACAAUGUACGACGGUGUCCAGUGAUUCUGAAAGAAAAAAUUGUAAUAAAGUGUCAGACUUCUUGUCGUAAACAGCGUCGUGCCACGAGAUGACUGAUUUUGAUGGGAGUACGUUUCCAGUACAUACACGAAUACAUACAUACAUAUAAAUGUCAACUGCGCGCGCACAAAUCUCUCUGAACGACCGCACAUCACUUGUGACCUCGUACCCCAGUACUAGUACGUCCUAUUGGUCUCCAGAACUGCCUUUGCUGAGGUAUCCUUAUUUCUCACGAACUCGAAGACGUAUUAAUUCUUGCUUCUUUUUUUAUGGAUUCCUUCGUCCAUCAUUCUAACCCUCAUUCGAGUUAUAUACAUUUGCAUAACAUUCAUUCAAUGGAUAUGAGUUAGGGACAUAUAACAAAUAAAUGUUCACUGACUCAAGAACCUCACCGUCACAGAUAAUCUUCACUCUAGAACGCAGGCACUUGUGAAAGAAAAACAAAACAAAAAAUAAACCCUUCACCCAAAUCACAUUUCGUAGUGUUAAACCAUUGAUAAUGACGAUUAUUGAAUUGAAAACCUUAAAAAAAGCAGACAGGAAACCAAUUCAUGGUAUGUUAAAUCAAAGGGAACGCUCAUGACAAGGGGCUAAGAAGCGUUGAGAUAACUAAAAAUUCGGGACAUCUUCCUCUCUUUCUCAUCAGUCAGGGUCAUGGUGAGAAACGCCUCUUUGUAGCUGUUUUUCAUACGACCCAUUGUUGAAGAGUUGUUGUUAUAAAAAAAACUAACCAGAUCGACGUUUUAGAAAAUAGAAUUCCGAUUAAUAAAAGUUAGUGUUAGCAAUAGCCGAGUUAGCUUUACAAUUAAGGAGAUCACGAAAGACUCUCAGAUUCAAUUUAUCCGACUUAGAAAUAACCUCUUCUCUUAGGAAUAUACUUCCCCUCGUCCCAAGUCGUAAUUAGCCACAGAUUGUCGUUCUCCGGACGUGAAUAACCGAGAAGACAAUUUGAGGAAAAUCAAAACUGAUUUAUCAAAUAAGAGUAGCAUCCAAAGAGUCGUUUUUAGAUAGAGGAAAAAAACCUUACAAUAUAAUAUUUCAAACAAGACAUAGGGGCACUAAAUGCAGCCUUGAAGUCUGUCUUCCACAUGAAAUAUUGGUUGGCCUUCUCAAGGGCUUCCGCUGGGAAGAAAUCCAGAAGAUUUUCUGGGGAAGAGAAUCGCAUAUAUAUAUAUAUAUACACACACCAUAGUAUAUCCGCAUAUGUGUGUAUGUAUUUGUUCGUAUGUUUGCCUACACAGUCGGAAUUUAUAGACAAAUAGAUGAAAGUUGUUUGUUUUGCAAACGAUGCGGUAUUUUGAUGUCGUUAUAUAUUGUGAAGGAUUGUAUACUAGAAUUGCAUACUACAAAUUCAUGCCUUCCCUUAACUAGGGACAAGUAGGGGAUACGGUGACAGAAAAAGCCUCAUUAAUUAAUGUGAGCGUUUCUGUGAAUACCGGAGAAUACAGUAAAACAAUGUAAAACUAUUAUUCACUGUUUCAUUUAUGUUGUAAUGUACUAUUUGUGUCUGCCUAAUGUAUGCUAUGUAUUGUUUUUCCGUAUUCUGUUCAUCAAACUGAAUCGUCAACACGGGGAUUCAAUUCUUAAAAUGAUCAAGAAUUAAAUUUCAAAUUUUUACAGAAGUUCGGGAAACUGUUGUGUAUAGGUCCGUUUGUUAGAUAUCCUUUUUUUAAUUAAAAAAAAUGUCUUGUUCGCUUUCAGCUCUCACUGAUCUGAGCUCAUUUUAAGUGUUGUGAAAGACAACAAUUGACGUAUUACAGAAAUCGAAUAUUUUGUUGUCGCAAGAAGGACUAAGCUAGUCAGUCAAACAUUCUUCAAGCAGGUACCUGCGAAUUCCUCAAUAUACAGUUGUUCAUUUAGCCUUCACGUCUCAGUCAAGUCACCCAGAGGGAGCAUAAUACACAUUGCAAAAGCUGAUUCAUAACCCUCACCUACUGACUUCUAUAGUAGAUUCACAUCAACCGUGCGUUUGAUGUCUAGGCCCGUUCCUUACGACGCUCCUGAUUGGCUGUUGAUAAG